AUGCCUUCAUCUGCUGUCGUUCACUCCACGGAAAUUCAAAAGACCCCUACGAAGUAUGUCUCCAAACCCGAUGAUGAGAACUAUAAGAAACAACUUGACGAGAUUAAAAAUACAAUUGACAAAUUACAAGAAGACCUUAGUGUAGUCAUCGAAAAUAUCAAAAAUACCUCUGACAAUGCAUCCGUUUCCCAAAAACGCGAAGAACUUCGUUCUCAGCUCGACAGACUUCGCGGAAAACAAGCAGAGAUAAAGAAGGACAGGUUAAAAACACACGAACAACUUAAAACCAUGAAUGAUGCAAUUCUAAAAAAGAAACGCGAACUUAAGGCCUCCAAGGAUAAGCUUCAAUUUCGAACAGUUAAGGAGAUUAAUAAUCAAAUCUUAAACUUGGAAAAGCAAGUUGAGUCUGGAACUUUGAAAAUUGUUGACGAGAGACGAAUUAUCUCUGAAAUAACAAAUCUCAAAAAGUCAAAGAAAAUUGUUGAAGCAUGUGAAACUUUACAAAAUACCAUUGAUGCCGACCAAAGAUCUAUCGACGAAUUGAAAAAAACUCUUGAUGACAAAGACAAUAAGGACAUAAAUGCAGAAUAUGAAAAAGUCAAAAUGGAACUGGAUUCCAUAAACAGGGAUUAUGAUAAUGAUAAAGAAAAGAGGAAUGAGCUGUUCGAAGAAAGAAAAAAACUACGCGACCAAAUCACUUAUCAGAUCUCUACUCGAAAGGCUAUUCACGAACAACAUAAUAAAGCAAAGCAAGAAUAUAGGAAAAAGGUUGAUGAAGAUCGUCGUCGUCGGUUCGAACUAAAACAAAAGCAGCAAGAGGAAUACGAAGAACAAAAGAAAUCAGAAAAAGCCGCUCAAAAAUUAGCUGACGCUUCGAUUCCGGCUUUUCAAGAUAAAAUUAUUAUUUGCGAAAAAUUGAUUAAUUAUUUCCAAACUCAUUACGGUACGGGAAAACCCAUUCAACCAAUAAUACUCACGGCUUCAGUUGUGGAUGAUAAUAUUCGCCAACCCGAUGCAACCAGCAAUGUUCCAGAAGGAACAAUCUUACUUAAAAAAUCUGAACGUGAAGAAGACUAUUUCUUUGGCGGAGGUAAAUCGAAAAAAAAAUCAAAGACUAUUAAAGAAAAAAAGUCUAACAAGGCCAAUGGAAUUCAAAAAAUUCCGAUAAGUAUUAUGGAAGAAUUAGGCUUUUUAGAAAUUGCCGUUCCUCUUAACGCUUCUGAAGUGGAGAAGACAAUUAGUGAAUUAGAAAAAAGUAAGGCAUAUUUUGUUGAAAAUCAAGAUCAAGUCACUAAGGAAAAUAUUGCCAAAGCUAUGGCAGAAAUUUCUGCAUUGGAAAACAAGAAAUCCAAUCAACAGAACAAAGAAGUUGACGUAGACCAUGAAGAAUCAAAGGUAGAAGAGGCACAAGAAGACACAAGGGAUGUGAACGAGACCGAAGAGAAGUUGUCCGAGGCUGUAGAAAAAAUCUCCACCGAGAAUACUGCUUAA